AGCACCGACUGCCGCGACAGGCCGCGACCUUCACCAACGUCCUCGACGUUGCAACGAUACUCUCUCUCAUCUCAUGGAAAGCCCGCGAGAUGAAGAAGCUGGAAACGGUGCUUCUCCGCCCCAACGGCCAAGAAGCUCUCUUUCCUCACUGAUUAUCGCUAUUCUUCUAAUAAUGCUCCUCACAAGUCACAACAGCGAAGAAUUCCUUGCUCGACAUCAAUACCAGGAUGCUCUGCAAAAGCUGGCAUAUCAGUUGGGAAACUAUACGGCUUGGAUGAACGGUACUGCCGCUGAGUUUAACAUCACCAGAAAUACAUAUCUUAUGCCUCUCUUGCACUAUCUUUUACCUCACAAUGGAACCAUAGAUCCUCGUGUUUCCUCGUACUACCCCAACAUUACUGGUUUUCUCCAUGGAGAGGUUAAAUACCACAACCUCUCCCAGGAAUCGUUGGAACGGUCCUCCUUUCCAUGGGUACCGUCGGCUCGAUUAUACGUCGACAACACGUCUAUCAAUCAAACGAGAAACGGUUCAGAAGUUGCACUCAAACUAGGGUCCUGGAACUGGACCGCUCCGGAGGAAAUUGCGAUCAGUGUCGUGGAGAAAGAGCCUCUCUAUACAUACGCCAACCAUCCAAUCAGCCUCAUUCAUGGUAGAAUUGAAUUCGCGGAUAAUAACACCUCCGAAGAACUCAAGUUCGAUCUGGAAGGCAUUCAUUUUAUUGACAAUGGCACAAUAUACGCUUUCGCCGAACCUCAGGGGCGUUCUUUGGAUAUCCGUUAUUUACCUGCUAUAGUUCCCGACUAUCUCCAGAACGACACAGCGCAUCUGAUAGAGCCAGAGCUUACAACUCGAAUGGAAAAAUUAAAGUACCUGAUUGACGCUGGGAUCAUAGAACAGGAAGUUUCUCCUACUAGUGAAGCCCCCCGAACGUCCUGCUCCUUCCAGCUCUUUGCUCAGCUGGAUUCCGUCAAUAUACCAGCCAUCCUCAUGCAAGAAUACGAGUCAGAAAUGCAGAACCCCACUGGUAUCCGACCGGUCAUCCCCUCAACACUUUCAAUGAAGGCAAUACUGGUCAGUAAAGAAUGUGAAAUCAUGUACAAAAUAAACAAUGUGACGAGCACAAGGUUGAAGGCUUUUUUCCGCAAGAUUACCACAUACUCCGGAACUGCGGCAGUCGCCUAUCUUGCCAUACUUGUCUUCUUGACUCGUCAAAUGACCCGGAGUUCCACCCCUACCGGUCUAUCCAGGGUUUCCCGAUGGACGUUUUUAACGCAAACCACCAUCGAUGCGCUGUCCUUCGCAGGACAUAUCACUUUUGCGAUUCUGACGGAAGGCAGGCCCUCAAUUUCUCUUAUUGCUCCAGGCUUCAUAGCCUGCAUCACGUUUAUAUACGAGGCGCAGUUCGCUAUGUUGAUUCACCAAAUUCAGAUACCUGAAGACGCAGUCGCUGUGCAGCCUCGGCCACCUCCAACGAUGCCGACGCCUACCUCUUCCGCGCAAAAUGCCACACCCACUGCCAAUACUGAUCCCGUGUCAAUUUCCCCGCCGGCUUCUAACCGAGCAGAGGAAAAUAUUGCUCCUCAGACAGCUACCCAACCGACUCUCCCUCAAACUCAAUCCACAUCGUUCUGGGGAUUUGUCUGGCAACAAAUUCGGACAGAUCCGCAGGCCAGGCUAUGGGUCAUAUUAUUCGUAUUUUUAACGACUUUCGUUCGGAUAUUCCUGUCACCAACCUUGACAUUAUUAUUUGUGGCGAUUACCUAUUCCAUGAUUUGGGUACCUCAAAUCAUCCGAUCCGUUAGGAGAGGAAGAAAUAGUGGUCUCUCCAAAGAGUAUAUUAUUGGUACCAGUGUUGCUCGUUUGUUUCUGCUACUGUAUUUCCUUACCUGCCCUAAGAAUGUUUUGGAGAUAAAACGUCGUGCUUGGGCAUAUCCUUUGACAGGAUUUGUAUGUUUGCAGGCAUCAGUGCUGAUUUUGCAAGAGAUUUUUGGCCCUUCAUUCUUCUUGCCCAAGAAAUUUGCUACUGUUAAAACCUAUGACUACCACCCCCACAUGCCCCUUCCUGACCCAGAAGCUCCUGAGCAAACACUUGGCGAUUGUGCUAUCUGUAUGGACGCUAUUCAUAUCGACCCUUCGUUGCGAAACCGUACUCAAGAGAAAGAUGCGGAUCCGGGCUGGGAUGUGAAAGCUUCGGGAGCCCUCACUGGUUCCACAAAACGGAAGGCGACUCGAAGCACCAAUGUGAUGGGUGCAGGAGGGCUAUUAGACGCUGUUCAGAAGGGUGUGGGGAGUGCUGUUAACCGACAAUACUACAGUCUUGCACCUUGUCAUCACCUCUUUCACACGGCCUGUCUAGAGCGUUGGCUUGCUAUCAAGAAUAUUUGUCCGCAAUGUCGGCGACCACUACCGGCUCUAUAAUUCAUGUUUUUGAACGCAUUUUGUACAUCUAUUAUAUUCAUCCCGUAUCCUGUAUUCCCAUUAGUAGCUCUAGCAACAUAAAUUUGAGCUCGACGACGAUGUCACCCGAUAGGAAAAUGGCCAGACGUUGUUUCAUAAAAGAGCAGCGCAAGAUCUAUAUGUAGCG